AUGGUGAAUUUUUUGUUGGGGCAACAAUCCGGGUUCACCAAAUACCCAUGUUUUCUGUGCAUGUGGGACAGUAGGGACACUGCUCACCAUUACACGAAGAAGGACUGGCCUGUGCGAGAGGAACUAGUGCCUUGCAGAGCAAGUAACGUUAUCAACAGCCCUCUGGUGGACAGAGACAGGAUACUCUUCCCACCACUGCACAUCAAGCUUGGCUUGAUCAAGCAGUUCACAAAAGCUCUAGACAAGGAAGGUGGCUGCUUCAAUUACAUGUGCCAGACAUUUCCGGGAGUAACCAUAGUAAAGUUAAAAGCUGGUAUCUUUGACGGUCCUCAAAUCCGUCGGCUCAUCAGAGAUCCAGAGUUUGAAAAGUCAAUGAACAAAGUGGAACAGGAAGCAUGGAAUGCUUUUGUUCUCGUUGUGAAAAACUUCCUUGGCAACAACAAGGCCAGAAACUAUGCUGAACUUGUCAACAAUAUGGUGACUGCUUUCAAAAAACUCGGAUGCAACAUGAGCAUCAAACUGCAUUAUCUAUUUUCACAUAUGGAUCGUUUUCCUGAGAAUCUUGGAUCAAUGAGCGACGAGCAGGGAGAGAGAUUCCACCAGGAGAUAAAGGAGAUGGAGACCAGGUAUCAGGGACGUUGGAAUGCCGUCAUGAUGGCUGAUUACUGCUGGACUCUAAAGAGAGACAUCCCUGAUGCUGAGCAUUCCAGGGUAUCCAAUAAACGGAAGUUCCAGCCCUAA